GCGAUAUUUUAACUAUGGAUUUAUCGAUAGCAAUUCAUUCAGGGUUGAUAUUUCUUUUUGUUAUUUACAAUCUACACCAAAUAUGGAGCAAGCAGGAGGCUCGUCGAGCACAGCACAUAACAGUAUUGGCCGGAAUUCUCCAACAGAACAUUCCAAUGCCAACUCCGAGGACCACAGACGCAUCUGGGUAGGCAAUCUUGAUGCACGGAUUACCGAGUUUCAACUUCUCAAACUAAUGCAAAAAUGCGGCGCCAUUGAAAAGUUUGACAUGCUCUUUCACAAGGGCGGACCAAUGGUCGGCCAGUCAAGAGGAUACGCGUUUGUAACAUUCGCCCAGAACGAGGGCGCCACUAAUGCACUCUGGAAGCUGGACGGUACCAAUGUUGGCAGUCGCUCCAUAGCUGUGCGUCUCGCCAAGAAUAUCAAAUAUGACGAUUUGCAAAAGCCAAAGCCUCGCAUCGAGAUACCAGCACUGGGAACUGGCAGGCGAGAAGAGAAGAUAAGUAAAACGGAAGCGAUUCGCGCAAUAGAAGCCAAACUCAAGACGCUUGAGCGACAAGCCGACGAUAAUCUUGAGCUGAACACGACUGGGCGCGAGCCAAAUGUAUCUUUUAUUCAACGCUAUCAAUUCAAUAAGGAUCGCGAUACGCUUCAACGUAGCGCCGGUCUACAUGGAAAAUAUAGUAAAAGCAAAUCAUCUGCGCCAUAUCAUCAUCAUCGACCACCGCAUUCGAAACGCCACUGAA